CCGCCGGGGCGGUGAGGGACCCCACGGGGGGGAUGAGGGCUCCUCGGAGCCGCGGGGCUCAGCCCGGCUCUGCGGUGCCUCCGCCGGUAGCGAGGGCCCCGACGGGCCGGGGCCGCCUGACCGGCCGUGGCCGUGCUCGGGCUGGUCCGUGCUCGGUGCUGGGAGCAUCGCCUGGGUCGCCCCCGCGGCCGCUCUCCGCUCCCUGCAGAGGUCCCGUUGUGUCCCCAGCACCGGGGUUAUGCUGGAGAUGCCCUCGUGUACCCCCUCCAGCUGCGGAGCUGCCGCUGCGCCCCCAGUGCCAGCCCUGCGGCUGCAGAUGUCCCCCCCACAUCCCACCCUGGUCCUUUUCACUUCUUGGGGCUGUCAAUGUCCCAUUGUGUCCCUCAAGCCUGGCUGAAGAGGUGCCAUCGCGUCCCGCUCCCCGGCUGUGGCUGUUCCAUUGUGUGUCCCCCCAGCAACCCUGGGCCUGCAGAACUCCUGUCAUGUCCCUUCCUCCAGCGCUUGGAUGUGCCAGUCCCCAUCGUGUCCCCGCCAUGCGGCUGUGGGAGCCCCGCCAUGUCACCCUGCCAGGCUGCACAGGUCCCACCUUGUCCCUCACAGCCAGGGCUGGUCCCAUCUCAACCCCCACGCACAGACCAAGCUCCUCACGCCACCUUUUUUUUUUUUUUACCCGAGUGCCGAUGGGGAAGUGAGACUUGCUGCUCGCUGGGGCGGCCAGGGUGGUUCUGUGCUCUGCUCCCUCACUGCCCGUCUGGGCCACCUUUCUCCCAGCAGAAUCCAGCAUGGAAAGCUUCCUGCAGAGCGUGGAGAAGGACCUGAACAUCGACCGCCGGCAGCUGGCCCCCGAGAGGACCCACGUCACCGCCUUGGUGCCGGCCAAAUGGCUGCAGAGCCUCAAGGAGCGCCGGCUGCUGCCGCCGGCCUGCCCGCGGCCCGAGGGGCUGAGCGAGGUGGAGCUCAGGACCUUCCUGCAGCACUCGGUGCAGAAACUCCCGGCGGGCUGGACACGGGUGGAGAUCCACGGGCUGAGGAAGGCCCGGCUGGGGUACCCGCUGCUGCGGGCGCAGCCUCCUGAGCAGCAGCGUGGCAGCGUGGACACCCUGCACGGCUUCAUGCAGAGCGUGGCCGCCCAGAACUACCACAACCUGUGGGGCCGGGCUCACGGGAUGUACGCGCGGCCCUACCGGCGCCCGGACGCGCCGCCCACGGUGCCGGCGCUGGACGCGCUGAGGGCUGCCCUGCACAGAGCCUACGGCUGCCCCGUGCUCCAGGUGGGCAGGAACGUGCCUGGCACGUCCCCCGCCAAGGAGAGCGUGGCCAAAGGGGUGUCCUUGUGCCCCAACGUGCUGCAGGCUGAGGCGCUGCUGGAGUCGGCGGACAUGCUGUACGUCGUCUACCCCUAUGUGCAGUACUGCCUGCACGACGUCGUGACCUUCAGCCCGGCCAAGCUCACCAACAGCCACGCCAAGAUCCUCUUCCUCCUCUUCCACGUGCUGCAGGCCAUGAAGGCUUGUCACCAGGCGGGUCUGGCUUGUGGAGAUUUCUCCCUUCGGGACGUGGCUGUGGAUGAGAAGCUGUGCAGCCGGCUGCGUGUGAACUUCAGGGGGUACGAGGGACCGGGGGAGGAGGAGGAGAAUCUGGAAGGAGAGAGCAAGCAAAGCUGCGUGCAAAGGCAGGAGGGGACGUGCAGUGCCUGCCAGAAGGACCUCCGAGACCUGGUGUUGCAGUGGGUGCACGGGCAGGUCAGCAACUUCGACUACCUUAUGCGUCUGAACAGCCUGGCUGGGAGGAGAAUGGGAGACCCCAAUUACCACCCGGUUCUUCCGUGGGUGGUGGACUUCACUACCAAAAACGGCAAGUUCAGGGACCUAAGGAAAUCCAAGUUCCGUCUCAACAAGGGGGACAAGCAGCUGGACUUCACCUACGAGAUGACCAAGCAGGCGUUUGUUGCGGGGGGCUCGAGUGGGGAGCAGCUCCACGUCCCCCAUCACAUCUCGGAUGUCCUCUCAGAUAUCACCUACUACGUGUACACGGCCCGCAGGACACCCAAGGCAGUGCUGUGCUGCCACGUGAGGUCCCAGUGGGAGCCCAACGAGUACCCAGCCAGCAUGGAGCGCAUGCAGAGCUGGACACCUGACGAGUGCAUCCCAGAGUUUUACACAGACCCUUCCAUCUUCCGCUCCAUCCACCCCGACAUGCCCGACCUGGAUGUGCCGUCGUGGUGCAGCUCCUACGAGGAGUUCAUCGAAGUUCACCGCAUGCUGCUGGAGAGCCGGGAGGUCUCCCAGGACCUGCACCACUGGAUUGACCUCACGUUUGGCUACAAGCUGCUGGGGAAGGAUGCAGUCAAGGAGAAGAACGUCUGCCUCCACUUGGUUGACAACCACACGCACCUGACCACCUACGGGGUCGUGCAGCUCUUUGACCAGCCCCAUCCCAGGCGCAUGGUGGGACCUGCCUACACUCCUGCUGAAGCUCCAGCCAUUGCCCGGCCUCUGCUCCAGAACAUCCGGGAGACCGUGGUUUUGGAGGACAUCCAAGGCCAGGUGACAGAUGCAGUCAAUGGCCUGGUCCUGGAGGCUACUCCCAGUGAAAUCACCUUGUCUGGGGAGAAACCCAUGGCUGGUGAGGAUGAUUUGGAGCAAGGCACGGAAGCCCUGGAUUCCAUUUCUGCUCCUGGGAGAGCCCCUGACCAGCCCUGUGCCACUGUGCCUCCAGCACAGCCCUCCACCCUCCCUGCUUAUGUCACCGAGGGCAAAUCCUCAGGGGUCCGGCCGCUCCGUCGGAGCAAGGCAGGGGCUGUGGAUCAGCUCGACAUGAAGAUCACGCUUCCUGAAGGCUUCAACCCACUCCAGGCCCUGGAGGAACUGGAGAAACUGGACAAUUUCUUGGUUAAAGGCUUAAGCAGCGAGAUGCAGCUGAUGGAGCAGCCGUGGGAAGAGCCACCUUUGGGUCUCUCAGACCUCUUCCAGAGGGACAUGCAGGCUCUGGGCAUCCUGGUAGCUGAGAUUAUAUUUGCACCGAGGCUUCGUCCCUCGAAGCCGGACGCGUCGCUGUUGGAGCGGUUCCUGAUGGUGAGGAACCUCUGCCGUUACCAUCCCAAGGAGAUCCCGGCCCCGCUGCAGCACGUGCUGCACGUCCUGCUGCAGCUGAGCGUGCCCGUGGAGAAGCUGCUGAAGAGCAGGCUGGGCAAGGGCACGGUGCAGUUGUUUGAGUACAAACCUAUCUCCCAGGGCCUUCCCCCUCCCUGUCCCACGCAGCUCCUCAGCCCCUUCAGCUCCAUUGUCCCCUUCCCCACGUACUUCCCAGCUCUGCACAAGUUCAUUUUCACCUAUCAGGCAAAGAAGAUAGAGGAUGAAGGGCAAGGCCGGGAGCUUGUUUUCCAGCUGUGGCAGCAGCUGGAGGGGAUCCUUGCUGAAAUCACUCCUGAGGGCCUGGAGAUUCUUCUGCCUUUCAUAUUAUCACUGAUGUCUGAGGAAAACACCGCUGUCUACGCAGCCUGGUACCUCUUUGAACCCAUAGCUAAAUCCCUCGGGCCCAAGAAUGCCAAUAAAUACCUGCUGAAACCCCUGAUCGGAGCCUACGAGACGCCCUGCUCCCGCCACGGCAGGUUCUACCUGUACACAGACUGCUUUGUGGCCCAGCUGAUCGUGCGCCUGGGGCUGCAGUCCUUCCUCCUGAACCUGCUGCCCCACAUCCUGCAGAUCCUCGUGGGCAUCGAGAGCUCGCGGGAGGAGAGCAAAUCCUUCCUCGGCACCGCUGAGGACGAUGAGAGCGGAGGGGAGAGCCCGGUGUCGUGUGUGUUUGGGGAGGAGAUCAAGAUGGACGUGGAGCACAGCUCUGCUGCGCUUGACCUCCUGGACUACACCUCUGGAGUCAGCUUCCGUGACCAGGCCUACCUGCCCGAGGGUGAGGACUUCCAGAGUGGCCUCUACGUUGGGGAAUCCCUGCAGCCCCAGGAGCAGGAAUCGCUCAGCCUCGGCCGGCUGAGUGACAAGAGCAGCGCCAGCGAGGUGUCCUUGGGCGAGGACAGACCUGCAGACGGGGACUCCCAGAAGGACAAGAGCAGCUUGAAGUCGAUGGACAGCAGCCAGGACCUGAAGCAGAGCGAGGAGUCAGAGGAGGAGGAAGAGGAGCACGAGGAAGAGGAGCACGAGGACGCGGUGGUCGAUGCGGAGCUGACGGUGGUCGUGGAUGCUGCUGGGGCCUCUGUGGAUGUCACCCUGGCUGAUGACAGCAGCGAGCCAGAGGAUGGGGAGGGAGAGGAGCUGCCGGAUCACCCUGAUGACAAAGAGCAGACCAUACUGCUGGACACAGCCUGUAAGAUGGUGAGGUGGCUCUCAGCCAAGCUGGGCCCGACCGUCACGUCCCGCUUCAUCGCCAGGAACCUGCUCCGGCUGCUCACGUCCUGCUACGUCGGCCCGACCAGGCAGCAGUUUGUACCGAGCAGCGAUGAGAACAGUCCCCUGAGCACAGGAAAUAUCUACCAGAAGCGGCCCGUGCUGGGAGAUCAGGUGUCCAAGGCUGUGCUGGCCUGCCUCGUGCACGUGGCAUAUUUGUAUGGAGAGCCUGUCCUCACCUACCAGUACCUGCCCUACAUCAGCUACCUGGUCGCACCCGGCGGUGGCUCUGGCGGCGUCCGGCUGAACAGUCGGAAGGAGGCCGGGCUCCUGGCUGCUGUGACACUGACACAGAAGAUUGUGGUGUGUCUGUCUGACACCACACUGAUGGACAUCCUGCCCAAGAUCAGCCAGGAGGUGCUGCUCCCAGUGCUGGGCUUCCUCACUUCGCCAGCUGUCGGUUUCCCCAGUGGAGCCCAGGCCCGCGUUGUCCUGUGUGUGAAGACAAUCAGCCUCAUUGCCUUGAUCUGCCUGCGGAUUGGGCAGGAGAUGGUGCAGCAGCACCUGAGUGACACAGUGAGGAACUUCUUUGGGGCAUUCUCGCUGCUGCAGGAGCUGCAGGACCAGGGGUUGACAGCAGAGUCACUGAGCAGCUGUGAGGUGUCAGUGAUGGAGGUGCCCCUUUCAGACGGGAAGCUGCUGGCCCUGGAUCCAUCCGUGCUGGUGGAGUUACAGAAGGUGUUCAACCCUGAAAUGGCCUACAUCACCUACAUCCCCUUCUCCUGCUUGCUGGGUGACGUUAUCCGCACGGUUGUGCCCAACCACUCUCUGGUUGAGAAGCUGGCCAGCCUCCACCUGGAGAACGUGAACCCCCAGAACCUGCAGGACGUUGGCCUGGAGCAAACACCGAGCGUGGUGGGCUCAGACCAAGACCCUCGAGGGGCUGAGCCCUUCUCCAGCCCCCAGGAGGACACUCACUCUGGCACUUUUGGGAGUGUCCUGGUGGGGAACCGCAUCCAGGUGCCCGUGGACACGCAGCGGGAGGGUCUUGGCUUGCUCCACCUCAGUGCUGGCACCGAUGGAUUCGCUCCCAGCUCAUCCAGCGGGGAGAGUGCCCUGAAGCACGACCUGCCCCGCAGCACCCACAUGCUGUGUGGGAACUGGCUGGCCUACUGGCAGUACGAGAUCGGGGUGAGCCAGCACGACCCUCGCUUCCACUUCCACCAGAUCAAGCUGCAGAGUUUCUCAGGGCAUUCUGGGGCCAUCAAGUGCGUGGCACCCCUGGGCAGCGAGGAUUUCUUCCUGAGUGGCAGCAAGGACAAGACGGUGCGGCUUUGGCCGCUGUACAACUACGGGGAUGGCACCAGCGAGGUGCCGCCGCGCUUCACCUACGCCGAGCACAAGAAGUCUGUGUUCUACGUGAGCCAGCUGGAGGCACCGCAGCACGUGGUGAGCUGUGAUGGCACCGUGCACAUCUGGGACCAGUUCACGGGCAAGCUUCUGCGGACCUUUGAUGAGUUGGACAGCAAAGUCCCCAUCACAGCUGUGACCACCAUGCCACCUCCCUACCACAGCAUCUCUGUGGCCAGUGCAGACUCUGUGCUGAGGUUCAUCGACCACAGGAAGCCAGGACUACAGCUCCCCUGAGCUUCACCCCCCAGCUGGACUGUCUGUGUUGCAGCACGAGUUCCGCCUGGCCAGCGGCGU